CGUGAAUUGUUUAGUAUCACCUUCGCUCGUUAAAUGGACAUAAUGUGGUGUUUACUGUGCUUAUUGUAUGUUCCGGCAAUAUUUGCAGAUUCAGUGCCACAAUACAUACCAGGAAACUACAUUUCAUCACAGUCGCUACCGUCACCAACUAGCAAUGGAAAUAAAAUUUAUUUACAAAAGGGUCAACAAAACCAACAGCAAAUUCUAUCGCAAUUACCGCAGAAUAUAUUAUUAAAUAUGCGAGGUUUAGUCGCAAGUCCUAAUGAUGCGCACACUGUGUCUGCGUCACCUUUUAUUCAAACAUCUUACCAAGGAAAUCGAUGGCCCUAUGUGAAUUCUGAUUCGCAAGCUCUGAAUUCUAAUGCACAACCUUCUGCUGUUCAAUCAAGUGCAUAUUCAGGAUAUAAUAACAAUUUAAAUCCAGCUUAUGUUCCAUCUAAAGCAAAUCUGGGUACUGUAGCUUCAUCGAAUUUUAUUGAGAAAAUGCAAGAAAUUAUAAAUUCUAACGAAUCAAAACUCACCAAAAAGCCUUACACUAUCAUUUAUCCUGAUGGAAAAAUAGAAUAUACUGAUAACAUAUCUCAGAUCAUUCAGAAAUAUCCAAACCAUACCAUAUUGAGGGCAAACGAUCUGAGAAACUAUAAAAUCCCCAUGGGUGUUAGCGAAAACGUAGAAAUAAAAGCAAAACCAGUGGCUUAUGCAACCUAUCCAAGACCACAUUCUACAAUAAUUCCAAUAAACGAUUUGCCAAAACCGGAACCUUUAGGAGAUAUGCCACUAGAAAGAUUAGUUCCGAACACAAUGUUUGGAGAAGAACUGACAACGAAAUCUUUACCAAUAACACACAUGUUAUUAAAGAGUUCUCUAGAUAAAAGUAUAAUUUUACCAAAUAUUUCAAAUAUAAAGAAAAACCAAGAAAGUACCGAUGAAAGUGUGUCGAUUGACUUCCAAAAUGCGAAUAUAGACACUACGUCAAAUGCUGUGGGUAUCACUCAAAAUACAAACAAAUUCAAUGAAUUACAUGGUAAUCCAUCACCUACUGAAAACAUUCUAAAUGAUUCAACAGAUGCAGUAAACGAAUUUCAAUCUUCUACCAUUAUUCCUGGUACAGAAAGUCCUUAUGAACUAGCGCAACACAGUGAAAAUAUAACAAAUAAGAAUAAUUCUAUAAAAAAUAACGGUUUGACAAUUGAAAGUUCUUACGAAGUUCCAAAAGUAACGGGCGACAGCAAUCAGAAUAUUGACGACAAAAUUGAUGACAAAAUAUACAUACCAAACGUUUCGUUUCUGUCACCAAACGAAACGGACUCCCCGUUUUGGUUCAUAGCUGAUGAUGCCUCGUGGGAUAAACUUUACAAAAAUGACACAACAAAUGCGGUGUACUUUGUCUUUAUCCCACCAAUGGUUAGUGUAGAGACAGACACACACGUAACUAUAUAUCCGAAUGGAACUCGGGUCGAAGAAGUAACUAAAAUUAUAUCAAAUGGAAAUGGUAAAACUCCGACAGUGACUAAGACUAUAAAAACGACAAAUGCUGAUGGGAAGAUAGAAUUAAAUAGGUUACCAUAAGAUUAUGUUCCUUAACGAGACCUGAUAGAUUCCACCUUGUUGUAUUCCUACUAAAAAUAUAUGUACCCUAGGUGUUUAUUAAAA